GCUUGCACACCGCUUCCAGCACACACCACCCAACACAAACACCAGCUAGCUAGCAGAGAUCCACGACAACACCAACUAGCUAGCUAGCUUGCCUUGCUUCUCUCUUUCACGUACGAUAUAUAUCGAUGAUGAGAGCACUGGCGGUGCUGGCCAUGGUGGCCUUGUUCGCCGCGUCGUCCGCACGCGCCGAGCAGUGCGGCACGCAGGCCGGCGGCGCGCUCUGCCCCAACUGCCUCUGCUGCAGCAAGUUCGGGUGGUGCGGCUCCACCUCCGAUUACUGCGGCAGCGGCUGCCAGAGCCAGUGCACCGGCAGCUGCGGCAGCACCCCAAGCACUCCGACUCCCACCCCGAGCUCCGGCGGCGGCGGCAGCGUGGCGUCCAUCAUCUCCGAGUCCCUCUUCAACCAGAUGCUCCUCCACCGCAACGACGCCGCGUGCCCCGCCAAUGGCUUCUACACCUACUCCGCCUUCAUCGCGGCGGCCAACGCGUUCCCGGGCUUCGGCACCACGGGCGGCGCCGACACCCAGAAACGCGAGCUGGCGGCGUUCCUCGCCCAAACCUCGCACGAGACGACGGGCGGGUGGGCGACGGCGCCCGACGGCGCCUACGCCUGGGGCUACUGCUUCAAGGAGGAGCAGGGCGCCGCGUCGGGGCCGGACUACUGCGAGCCCAGCACACAGUGGCCGUGCGCCGCCGGGAAGAAGUACUACGGCCGUGGACCCAUCCAGAUCUCCUACAACUACAACUACGGCGCCGCCGGGCAGGCCAUCGGCGCCGGCAUCCUCGCCAACCCGGACCUGGUGGCGUCGGACCCGACCGUGUCGUUCGAGACGGCGGUGUGGUUCUGGAUGACGCCGCAGUCGCCCAAGCCGUCGUGCCACGCCGUCAUGACCGGCCAGUGGACGCCGUCGGGAGCUGACACCGCCGCGGGGAGGUUGCCGGGGUAUGGUGUUGUCACUAACAUCAUCAAUGGUGGCCUCGAGUGCGGCAAAGGCGCUGAUAGCCGCGUCGCUGACCGGAUCGGCUUCUACAAGCGCUACUGCGACUUGCUUGGUGUCAGCUACGGCGAUAACUUGGACUGCGCCAACCAGAAGCCCUUCAACAGCUAGAUCAACUAUAUAUAUAUAUAUAUAUAUAUAUAUAUAUAUAUAUGCAUUCAGUCUUUUUAAUUAACUAUAUGUAUACAACGACAGUGGCGUAUACGCUAUUUUACCAAUAAUACAAUAAGAUGUGAUGAGUUA